GGCAAUUUUCAAGCUUUUCACCAAAAAAUACGAUAAAUACCUUUUUGUAUUAAAGUAGUAUAUACUUAUUCGAUAAAUGUAUUCGAUUGCUCGAUUUUUGUGCUAAUUCGCAUAGUGACACAGUGACAGGUCGCAACAAUGUCGAACGUUGGAGACACCGAGAAUCCAUUCGCAGCUCUGCUGCAGGAUGGCACCCAGGCCAAUGGCGUGUCCAAGCAGCUGAUCGAAUCAAUUUUGCUCUUUACACUGAGCAAAGAUGUGGACACCAAGCGCAAUCGACCGGUGCUCUGUCUGGCCGAUGUCGUUGUGGCCGACAAUAGCACCGAGGAGACACUCGGCGAGGAUCUGCUGGCGCAUGCCCUGUUCGAGCGCCUCAUGCUGGACGAGACCACAAAAUACCUGAUGCCAUCUGGACAGGUUGAUCAAAGGCAGCAAGAGGAAGCGCUGGAGACACGGGCCAUCAUUUACCUGCACGGUGCAUUCACCAGAUGGGAGGAGACACAGCGCACUGGCAGCCUGCAGGACAAGGAACAUAGCAAUCGAAUUCUUGACUUGAUCCUAAACAAUGCGAGCACAUGCAUGCGCCAACCGGAUCUAUUUGCAACCCAAACAUUCUCAUCGCAGUGGCUAGAGCUGUUCGAGGAGGCGGACGAGCAUAAUACCAGCACGCAGGAGUUUCUGAUCCGGGUGGCAGAGAAGGUGCUCGAAGAUGUUGAGCAACUGGAGGCGCUGGGCGCUCUCAAGGCCAUAUUCUACCCUAUGCUAAGUGAGUUGCACAAGCAAUUGGUCAAAGACAAUUUGAUUACAAUCAGAAAGAAUAUUUUCUGGAUUCUGGGCUUCUUUGUGCGCGAAAAACGCGCCGGCUUACUCGGCGAGCUGCUCAUUGACUUUACCACACCCAAUCCUAAGGCUAAAGGUGGUGAAUACAUGGAUACGCUUUUAGGCCAAUUGCUGUGCAUGUCCAUUAUGCCCAAGACUCAAACGGCGCCCUACGAAUUUUUCCGCGACAUAUCGCUGAUCUCCCAGCAAUCGGAUCCCUCGCUCUGGCAGCUGCUGGCCCAUCAUCAGCAGGCCAUGUUUACGCUGGUCAAACAACUGCUCGUACAAUCUUCCACUAGCAAGAAGAAGACGCUGCAGUGGAUUGCCAACUGUCUGGACGCGAAUGUGGCGCGUGGUCAUUUGUGGAGCACCAUUAACUUGAAUCUGGAGCAGACCGUGCACAGCACCGCCAGCGAUGCAUUUAUGACCAGCCUCAGCGCCGUGCUGAUGCGUCUGUGUGCGCCGCUCUGCUCGCCCGCCUUAAAGGUGCUGCUGGUAGAUCCCACAUACUGUGCAGUGGCGGACCCCGUGGAACGCCAAUCGAAGGGCGUUAACAUGCUGAGGGCGUUUGAAGAGACAUGCCUAUUGCCCACCGAGGAAGGCGAAAAGCGCUUAACAGCGGAUAAGUACAAUUUUAUUACCGAGAUAUUCUAUUUGGCGCACAAGGCAUUCGAGCUGGGCAAUCGGGCGUGCAUUGAGCGACUGACGCGCAUGAUGCGUGAGCUGCAGAACACACAGACCGCCUACCAGGAUGUGGCGGCCAGCGAUCCCAACAACGAUCUAACCAAGAAUCUGUUUCGCAUGCUGCAGGAUCAGAUGCAACAGGUGCUCUGCAUAAGAAAUGGCCUGGCCGAGCCAGAAAAUGAUACCGCCAUCCUCAAGUUCUUUGAGGCCUCGGCCAUUUGGCUCACUGAGAUAGCGAUGUUGCCGCGGGAAUCGUUUGAAGCGGGACUGGACAGAAAGGACUUUGCGCCACAGCUGCUGCGCGAUCUGGAGCUGUUGUCCGAAACACCGCCCUUUGUGGCGCCAUAUAUGAAAUCGGUGCCGGAGAAUAUCAUCGACAACAUUGCGGCCUAUUUGAAUUUCUGUCGCAGCUUUCCCGGCGAUCAGUAUAUACAAAUGUACACCAGCUCGCACGAUGCGUUCUUCAAGAUGAUUCUAUUGUUCAUGGGCAGCUCUGGACUGGUCAAGAAUCCGCAUUUGCGCGCCAAAUUGGCGGACGCUUUGGAGUUUCUGCUGCCCACACAAAUCUCGGGCAGCAAUCGCAAGGCAUUCCAUACACACGUCUUUGACAGUCACACAGAUCGGCUGCAGGUGGUGCGCAGUCUGCUCAACGUGUUCGUCAGCAUCGAAAUGACCGGGCAGUCGGUGCAGUUUGAGCAGAAGUUCAACUAUCGCCGUCCCAUGUACGCGAUCAUGGAGUUUCUGUGGACCAAGGAGGAGCAUGUCGAGUGCUUCAGGCAGCUGGCACAGGAUGCCGAACGCAACAUGGAGGCCAUUGAGCCGCCAAUAUUCUUGCGCUUCAUUAAUCUGCUCAUCAACGAUGCCAUCUUCUUACUGGACGAAUCGCUCUCCAAUCUGGAGCAAAUCAAACAGCUCCAGCAGGCUCAAGACAACGGCGAAUGGAAUAAUCUGUCGCACAGCGAGCGUCAACAGCAGACCACCAAUCUGCAUCAUCUGGGCAUGUUGGCACGCUUCGAUAAUAUACUGGGCCGUGAUACCAUCAAUUUGCUAAAGCUGCUGACCAGCGAGAUCAAGAGCAUCUUCUGCCAUAACAGCAUGGUCGAUCGCAUUGCGGCCAUGCUCAACUAUUUUCUAUUGCAUUUGGUGGGGCCGCAGCGGGAACGCUUCAAGGUUAAGGACAAGAAGGAGUUUGAGUUUGAUCCGGCGCAAAUGGUGCUGGAGAUAGCGCACAUCUACAUAAAUCUAAGUACGGACAAUUCCUUUUGCCUGGCCAUAUCCCAGGAUGGACGCUCCUACAGCCAUCAGCUAUUCGGCUAUGCCGAGAAUAUAUUGAUACGCAUCGGUGGUGGUCAGUUAAUUGGCGACAUGGCCGAGUUUGCAGCCAAGGUGCAGAAAAUGGGCGACGACUACAAGGAGGAGCAAGAGCUGCUUGCCGAUGCGCCCGAAGAGUAUCUGGAUCCGAUUAUAUCAACGCUCAUGACCGAUCCCGUGGUGCUGCCCAGCUCAAACGUUACCGUCGAUCGUUCCACAAUUGCUCGCCACCUGCUUAGCGAUCAGACAGAUCCAUUCAAUCGCGAACCCCUCACCAUGGACAAGGUCAAGUCGAAUGCGGCGCUCAAGCUUGAGAUCGAGCAAUGGAUCGAGGGCAAACGCAGCGCGGCGCGUGUCAAGAGCUGAGCAACCAAUCCCGGCUAGGGCACGCGCAUAACCAAAGAAUUAGCUCAUCGUGGGGGUAACCGGAUAAGGCUUUAGUUUAAUGUAAUGUUUUCCUUAUAAUUCCAGUUUAUGUACAAUCUAUGCAAUAUGUACGUAAGCAAACUUUGCAAUUUUCCAAUAAAUUCUUCACUUCAA